AGCGUUUCUCAAUGAGAGUCCGAUAAGCGCAACUGGUAGAGCAGCUCGUUUCAGCGCGGAGUUCUUCACAACUCUUUACCGACUCCGGACACAGAAUGGAUUACCGGCGGAUAAAACGACUUUUAUUUGUCAAUUUAUUUAUGAACUGCGUAUUUAUUUCUCUUCAAAGUAAAGAAGAGGUGCUACUGGACAUGGUGGCAUCUGGAGGAGAGUUGGGCUGGCUGACAUGGCCCGAUCAGGACGGGUGGGAGAUAGGCCAGCAGGCUGUUAAUGGCACCUUGCUCUAUAACUACUUUGUUUGCAAUGUGGAAGCACGAGAGCAGGACAACUGGCUGCGUACCACCUUCAUCCAGCGCCACCCCACCGCCACGAGGGUGUUUGUCGAGAUUCGCUUCCUUGUGCGUGACUGCAAUUCUUUCAAUGCAGACUCGGUUACCUGCAAAGAAACCUUCAAUCUGUACGUUUCCGAAGCCGAUGCUGACAUUGGCACCAGCUUCCGUAAGGGCCAGUUCCGCAAAGUGGCAACCAUUGCACCCGAUGAAAUCUCUGGCGUCGGAGAUAUGAGGAUCAACACAGAGACAAGGCCGGUGGAGAAUCUCUCUCGCAAGGGCUUUUACUUGGCUUUCCACGACAUUGGGGCUUGUGUAGCUAUUUACUCUGUAAGGGUUUACUACAAAACAUGUCCCGCCACAGUGAAGAGCUUGGCAGCAUUUCCUCAGACGGUGGCGGUGGCAGGGGGUGCGAACCAGGCACUGCGGGAGGUGGCUGGGGCUUGUGUGGAAAAUGCUGAGAGUGAGAGCCAACCACGCAUUUACUGCACUGUGGAUGGAGAAUGGGUGGUGCCCGUGGGCCAGUGCCAAUGCAGCCAGGGAUAUGAAGCUGUGGAUGAAACAUGCCAAGAAUGUAAGCCAGGCUUUUUUAAGGCCUCAGUGUCCAAUGAAGUCUGUGAGCCAUGUCCAAAGAACACCCAUCCUUCGAGUCCUGGCGCUCUGAGCUGUCCCUGCCUGGAGGGGUUUUACCGAGCCCCAGAGGACCCUGUGACAGCUGGAUGCUCUGGCUUACCUUCACCUCCUAAAACGUUGGCUGCUACCACUGCUCAGAUGGCAAUUGGGAAGCUGGAGCUGUCCUGGAGUCCCCCGGGAGACACAGGAGGACGCUCUGAUAUUACCUAUAGUGUGGUAUGUGAGCGGUGCGAGGGCAGUGUAUGUCAGCCGUGCGGAGAGAAGGUGCGUUACGAGCCCAGCAAUACUGACAUAAAGGAGACCUCCGUGAUCGUUAGUGAGCUGGAGCCACAUCUGAACUACACAUUCACAGUAGAGGCUCGGAGUGGUGUUUCCCAGCUCAGCUCUCGGAGAGCCACCAGCACCAUCAGCACUGCCCUGCACUACACAGACCCUCCAAGUGUGACUGGAAUGCGCCUGGUAGACAGGAGUGCUAAGAGCCUGACAUUGUCUUGGUCCGUGUCUCGCCGAGCCAACCCCAGCACCAUCCGCUAUAAGCUCAUGUACUGCGAGAAGGAUAAAGAUGAGGCGAAGACCGGUAAAACGUACACUGUGCUGGUGCUGGAGAAGGACUCUGUUCAGAUUCAUGACCUCUCUCCUUCCACAGUCUAUCUGUUUCAAGUCCAAGCUCUUAACCCUGAAGGCAAUGUGGGCAGCAACAGUGUUGAGGAGGAGUUUUCAACACUGCCAGAAGUGGGGAACACAGCAGUGAUUCUUGGAGCAGUAGGAGGAGGAGGUGCCAUACUCUUCAUCGUGCUGGUGGUCCUGGUCCUGCGUAAACGCCGAAAAAACUCUCACACAAGGCAAGGACCAGAGGAUGCCUACUUCUCCAGCCCAGAGCAACUGAAGCCUCUGAAGACUUAUGUUGAUCCUCAUACAUAUGAAGACCCCAACACAGCUGUGCUUAAGUUUGCCAGCGAGAUCCAUCCAAGUCACAUCACCAAGCAGAAAGUCAUAGGAGCAGGUGAGUUUGGAGAGGUUUACCGAGGCAUCCUGAAAAUUCCUGGACGCAAAGAGGCAGCGGUGGCUAUUAAGACGUUGAAGCCAGGCUACAUUGAGAAGCAGAGGCAGGACUUCCUGAGUGAGGCCAGCAUCAUGGGCCAGUUCUCCCACCAAAACAUUAUUCGUUUGGAGGGUGUGGUUACCAAAUUCAAACAUGCUAUGAUCAUUACCGAGUACAUGGAAAAUGGUGCAUUGGACAAAUAUCUGAGGGACCAUGAUGGGGAAAUGUCGUCUUUCCAGUUGGUUGGUAUGCUCCGUGGCAUUGCGGCGGGUAUGAAGUACCUCUCAGACAUGAGUUAUGUUCACAGAGACCUGGCUGCUCGGAACAUCCUGGUCAACUCCAACCUGGAGUGCAAAGUUUCCGACUUCGGUCUGUCCCGGGUUCUGGAGGAUGACCCAGAGGGCACUUACACCACUAGUGGAGGAAAAAUUCCCAUUCGCUGGACGGCUCCAGAGGCAAUUGCUUACAGGAAGUUCACUUCGGCCAGCGAUGUUUGGAGCUUUGGCAUAGUCAUGUGGGAGGUGAUGGCUUUUGGAGAGAGGCCCUACUGGGACAUGAGCAACCACGAGGUAAUGAAGGCCAUUAAUGAAGCUUUUCGUUUGCCUGCUCCUAUGGACUGUCCAUCUGCCGUGUACCAGCUCAUGCUACAGUGCUGGUUGCAGGAUCGCUCGAAAAGACCCCGCUUCCAGGACAUCCUCAGCCUCCUUGACAAGCUCCUCAAGAGUCCUGACUCCCUCAAGACCAUUGCGGACUUUGACCCCCGAGUUUCUAUCCGGCUUCCAAGCACCAGUGGCUCUGACGGGUCUCCCUUCAGAUCUGUGUCUGAAUGGCUAGAGUCUAUUAAGAUGAGUCAGUACAGCGAGAACUUCAAUAUGGCAGGCAUCGUCAGCAUGGAGCAAGUGCUACAGAUGAAGAGCGAGGAUAUCCGUAACAUUGGCGUACGACUGCCAGGACACCUAAAAAGAAUCGCCUACAGUAUCUUGGGACUUAAGGACCAGACUAGCACCCUGAGUGUAUUUGCUGUGUGAGGCUCACUACAGGGACCAUUAAAACUCUCUAGCUGAAUGAGAAAACUCAGAACUGUAAGCCACCCUGGACUCCGGCUGCAGGGAUGGCCCUGCAUCCUGGGCUCUACCACCCUCCAGCCUAACAAGAUGGACUCUCAUCGCAAUGGAGCCUUGUAGCAAAUUUGAUAUAUGUAUCAAAAUUGGAGGGAGUUGGGAGGGGGAAGAGAUAAAAAGUGAAAACAUGCAAAUGACAUAUCAGUCAAAAUGUUUAUAUUGGAAAUCUAUUUUUACAACACACAUUGUUUUAUAUUUUAGAGUGAAGUAUUGCUUACUUUACAAGAAUCAAAGAAACAAAUCAGAAAUCAUGCAGUAACGCCUAACUAUAGUUCUUCCAGAAGUAUAGUAACAGUGGGCAUUGUCAUGUCUGAUUUAGACUGAGCUUUCAGUUUACUUUGUGCUGUGGCACCAUGUCAUUCUCUUUUGACCCUCACAUGACCCUUCACAUGCUGAUAAGGAUGAAGCUCAGUGAAUCUGAUGGUUUUAAGUGAGGUUGCAGGUGAUGAUUGCAGGACAGUCUAUGAAAAGGGAUAUACAACAAGAGUCCUGUUGUAGUGUGGGCUGGCCAUUGGUUUGAUGGUUAUAAGUAAGUUUGACAUGCAGUGAUGUUUAAAGUAGCUUUAAAUUUCUAUGCUUUCUAUGCUAGAAAUGGCAAGGUUAAAGUUCAGCCUUAAAAUUCAGCAAGCAUGAGCAAAAAAAAAAAGCACUUAAAUACAAAAUAUUUCAGUGGCUGAAUUGAUUCAGCUUAAACGCUGGGCUUUUCCUUAUCCCAUGUUUCAUAUUAUGAUUAUAUUGAUGUGACAUUCAGUAAAAUGUCCUAGGUUAUAAUUUGACUACAGUGUCAUGUCAGAUUGAAUUGUUCCUGUGUGUAUGAUGUAUGGGCCAAACAGUAAGAACUCUACCAGCAGUUGUAGUUGUAAUAUAUCUGAAUGAAAGAUUGAAAAGAUGUAUUUUUGUAUUUUGUACUUUCUGGCACAUUCAUGUUUACUUUGCAUGAUAAUUAUAAUGCAGAUUUUCCAGGGUUUUUUAUGGAACCAACAGUUAGAAUGAAAUGCUUUAACAUGCAUUGAUUAUAUUGUAUAAGACUUUGCAAAACUGUCUUGUUUGGGUAAACUUUUGCUUUUCUUUAAUCGCAGGAUAGUGAUUGAGAUAUGGCCUUGGUAUGAUAUGGUAUAUGGCCUUGUAGUGCCUCACUAAGGAGUUCUUUCAAUUCCUAAUAAAUCUAGACAUUGAAUGAAUGAAAAUGAACUUAUUGAUGGAUAAUUAUAAGUUUUGUUGCUGUUUACGCUGCAAGCGUGAUAUCUGGAUACUCACGCUCAAAGCAAAAUUAAUUGCAAUUUUGAAUUUCUUUUUGAAUUAUUUUUAACGCUUGAUAUUGCUCUGUCUUGCCUUGAUCCUUGCAUUAAUGAUGUUACAAAAGAAAUGGCGUUAAAAUACACAAACCUCACACAUUGGCAUAUUCUCACUUAAAAGAAAGAUUUGGCCAGCUGUUUUGUAUUUUAUUUAAUAGUAUAUUUAUUUUUGUUUUAUUUAUUAUUUUAAAAACAUUGAGCUUGGAUUUUUUUUUUGUAAUUGAUAUUCAGUCACAAUAAAAAUCUUUGUAGUCUUCUUGUCA